UAAAAUUCAGUGUUAUAUUCAAACUUCUCUUCAUACCCGCGCACUAACAUAAUCAUAUACUAUUCAUUUUUUAUAUUCAUUCAUUUUUCUUGUCCCUACACUACAUAUUUUUUAUACACAUUUUGUGACCGUUUUGAAUAAAGUUAGAGAGAGAUAGAGAGAGAGAGAAAAACCAAACAUAUCAGUUUUUUUUCUUCCUUCACACAGGUACAAGAAUCUUAAACAUAGUAUGAAGUAUUUUUCUACUUGAGAACUUUGAAACACACCACUUUUUAGAUCUACCACUUCAUCAAAAUAUGUAUUUUUGAAUACCCUUUUUCUAUUUUUCACCUUUCAUAUGAGGCAUAUUGUUACCUUAAUUAGAACACUAAACAUUGUUCUGUUUUUUGUUCUGUUUUGGUAAUAUAGUGUAAGAUAGUGAGAGUGUUUUUUCUGAAAAGUUAAGAAUCCAAAGCCAUUGAAUAAUAGCUUUUUUGUUAAGGUAGCUUUUGAGAAUGGAAUUUAUGCUAUUACGGUUCACGUUUUGAAACAAAACACAAUACAGUGAGUGAGAGGUUUUAAAAGGUGAAUGAAAGAGAAAGAAGAAGGGUUUGUUCCUUUUUUGUUUGUUUUUUAAUUUCUUUAAAAAAAAAAAGUUAUUUAUCAUAUUAUUAUAAAGGAAGAGUGUUUGGCUUUAGCAUGCAACUUGGCUCCUUGGAGCGUUUAAGAAAGAGAAGAAGAAUAACAUUACCAAACAAACCAUAUAGAAUAAACAUAAAUCAUGCAACAAGAUCAUAUGAAGAAGCAGAAGCAGAAGCAGCUUCUCAAUGAAGAAUCUAAGAAGAAGGAGCGUCACAUUGUCACGUGGACUCAAGAGGAGGAUGAUAUAUUGAGGGAUCAAAUUGGAAUCCAUGGAACUGAAAAUUGGGCAAUAAUUGCUUCUAAAUUCAAGGACAAGACUACAAGACAGUGUAGAAGAAGAUGGUACACUUAUUUGAAUUCUGAUUUCAAAAAAGGAGGAUGGUCACCAGAGGAAGACAUGCUCUUAUGUGAGGCUCAAAAAAUAUUUGGAAAUAGGUGGACAGAAAUAGCAAAGGUGGUUUCAGGCAGAACGGAUAACGCCGUGAAAAACCGUUUCUCCACAUUGUGCAAAAAGAGAGCUAAAUAUGAAGCCUUAGCAAAAGAGAACAACAUUUCAUACACGAAUUCAAAUAACAAAAGGAUUAUUUUCCGAGAUGAAGCGUCAGAUUCUGCAGUAGAUUAUAAGAAGAUGAGGAGGUCACAUAUCCCUGAUGGUGCAGAAAAGGUCGGCUUCGCAGACAAAUCACAUAAACAAAAUGAAACUUCAAGAGCACCAUUGGCAGUUUUAGCACAAAACACUCAUAAUGCCAAUAACUUGCCAGACCACAAUCAUGUCUGCAAUGUGAAGUUUAGUGGUUAUGCUCAAAACAACAAGAUUCAAGGAACAUUCCUUAAAAAGGAUGAUCCGAAGAUAAACGCGUUGAUGCAACAAGCCGAGCUACUAACUUCACUAGCACUAAAAGUUGAUGCAGAGAACAUGGACCAAAGUCUUGAAAAUGCAUGGAAGAUUCUUCAAGAGUUUAUGAACCGAAACAAAGAAUCAGAUGUUUCUGGAUAUAAGAUUCCAGAUUUACAACUUGUAGAUCUUAAAGAUUUAUUGCAAGACUUGAAGAAUAAUAGUGAAGAAAUUGAGCCAUGUUGGAGGUAUAUGGAAUUUUAUGAAGACUCUCCAGAAAGUUCUGAACACAGUACAGGAUCAACUACUCUGCCUCAUUGUACUGGUGAGAAUUUAGAACACUCACUGCAUCAAGAUAGUGGAACUGAACUGAAGUCUAUACAAAUUGAACAUCAAAAGGAAAUUGGAGGAUGUGAUCAUGUGAUUCUUUCUAGUGCAACUUUGGAUCAAGCAGAUAUAUUCUCAUCUUGUGAAGAACAGAUAAACAAUGAUGGCAUUGUUUGUUCCUUGUCAAGUGCAGAGUUCAGUUCCCCUCUUCAAGUUACCCCUAUGUUCAGAUCCUUAGCUGCAGGAAUUCCAAGUCCACAAUUUUCAGAAAGUGAAAGGAACUUCCUUAUGAAAACACUUGGAAUGGAUUCUCCAUCCCUCAACCCAAUCGCCAACCCCUCACAACCGCCACUCUGCAAAAGAGCCCUGCUACAAAGUUAAUAUGAAUAUUUCAUUCAUCUGAAGAAAAAAAAGUUAUUUAUAUCUCCUCACUGCGACCAUCUCGCAUGUUAGUUCUUCUCAUCCUGGUUUGAGAAAGAUUGCAAUUUUGUUCCGCCUAAAAUUUUAAUAGGCCUACCCCUCCUUUAGAAUGUUAGGUACAUUCUAAGGACCUUCAACAUAUUUAACAGUGUCUUUUUCCUCCCCUAGGAAUAUUACCUUUCAUGAUACUUGCACCGAAGGUUAGCGUGCUUAGAGUGUCAUUCUUUGGUUUGUUUUCUUUGAUAUCGUUCUGGGUUUGUUUUUCUCCGAUCCAGCAUUUGGUAUUGGUUUGUUUGUUUUUUUGUACAGAGCCUGCUGCGUGAUACUAGUAGUCAUCAUCUUGAGUGUGUAUACAUCGGCAUAUCGCCAAUCGUACUACAUAUAAUGAACAGAGAGACAAUAGAUAGAAGAGAGAAGAAAAAGAGUGUAAAAAGAUUAGCCAGUGGCAAAUAUGAUGCCUAUUUGUUUGUUUUUGGUGUGCAUAGGUUAUAGAAUAAAUAAUUCUUUUCCUUUUUUGGUUCUUAUGUAUUGAAACAUAAUUAUAAUUGGAGUGGAAAUGCAUUUUGGCUUUGGUGUCCAGAAUGCAGGUGUUGUUUCUCUUCUA